GGAAAUUCUCAACAGAAAACAUGCACGCCCAACCAUCGCUCCGCCUCCUCCUUCUCACGCUCUUCCUCUCCCACCUACAACGGGUCCCAGCCGCCGGAUCCCCCACGCCCGCUCCCACGCCUGCUGACGGCUUGAAUUUCAUCCGUUCCAGCUGCAACGUCACGCUGUACCCUGACGUCUGCUACGCCACCCUCGCCCGCUACGCAGCCUCCGUGCACCGCGACCCUGCCCGCCUCACUCGGGCCGCUAUCGCCGUGAGCCUGGCGGGGGCCCAGCACGCGGCCAAAUACGUGUCCAACCUCUCGCGGGAGGCCGACCACGGAGCCGACCAGCGCGCGGCGGCGGCGCUGCACGACUGCUUUGAGAAUUUCGGGGUUGCGGCGGACAAGAUGCGGGACUCGCUGACGCAGAUGCACCAUCUCGGGGCGGCAGGGAGUGGGGAGCAGUCGUUCCGGUUCCAGAUGAGCAACGUGCAGACGUGGAUGAGCGCGGCGCUGACGCACGAGGAGACGUGCACGGACGGGUUCGAGGACGUGGCCGAUGGGCCGGUAAAGUCCGGCGUGUCCAGCCGGGCCAGGACGGUGAAGAAGGUGACGAGCAACGCCUUGGCCCUGGUCAACAGCUACGUGAACAAGCAGGCUGGCCCUUGA